AUGACGCAUUCGGUGCAAAAUAUCGCGAAUCAAAGCAGGCCACUGGUCGCCUCUGCACAUUCUCGCGACCGGUCCUGCGGACAAAGGACAAGUGUCGCGGGAUCGUUUGCUCGGGUGCGUGAUGCGUCGACCAUUGCGGAAGACGAGGCUCGGCUGCUCAGGACGCGCGUGAGCGAUGCUGGGUCAGAUAGUAAACAACGUAAGUUAGACUUUUUUUCAAAAUAUUCUUCUAAUAAAAAUCAAAAUGAAAAUGUCACCGAUAUUACUGAUCAACCAAAUCCAAUUGAAAAAUCGGCCAAUGAUAAUAAUGAACUUCGAUCCAAUGUAACCUCAGAAAAUACUAUUAAAUCAUCAUAUAUAUUUCCUAUUUUAAGUAGAUCAAGUGAACAAGAUCAAUCAAACGUAAUAAUUAAUGACAAUGACAUUUUUUCAUCAUCUGAAUCCGAGUCUGAAAAAAAAAGUACAAAAAAACUAAUUGAAACCGAUUCGAAAAUUAGUCUUUUUAUUCCUCCUAUAUUUAGUAGUCACCAUCAAGCUAAAGUUGCUUUUGUUGACGCACAUCCAUGUCAACCUCAGAUAAAUAUACCCUUUAAUAUUAAUAAAGUAUAUUAUAGAAAAAUGCCAAAUGAUAAUUUCGUGAAUCGAAAAUGGGUUUCUUAUAAUUCAAUAACUAGAAAAAUUCAUUGUUCUUUAUGUAUGGGGUUUACUCGUCCGGGUAGUACUCCAUUUAUAGAUGGAAUCGAAAUAAAUUUGAAACAUCUUUAUAGUCAAUUAGAAAAACACGAAAGUUCUGUACCUCAUGACGACGCCUGUAAGGCAUACCUUAAUAUUACAUCUGGACAUACAAUUACUAAUGCGCUAUUAAGUCAUCGCCAAAAAAGUGUAGAAUUAAAUAGAGAAAUUGUAACUAGAAUUAUAGAUAUUUCUUUAUUAAUCGGUAAACAAGGUUUGGCAUUUAGAAGUAAGAGAAAUGAAGCCGCUUAUAAUUUAAGUUUAAAUUUAAAACAAGGGAACUUUUUAGAAAUUGUGAAACUUGUAGCAAAAUAUGACCCGAAACAUAUCUCAGAAGAAGUUUUAUUGGCGGGGCAGUAUUCAUUAGAAGUUGAUUCUUCUCAGGAUACGUCGGUAAUGGAUCAAUUGUGUAUUUGUCUAAGAUAUGUUUUGAAUGGUAAAAUAAUUGAGAGAAUGAUUGCUUUAGUAGAGUCAACCUCUGGAACUGGUGAAGCAUUAUAUAAUAUUGUGAAAAAAGAAUUAGAUACAUUGAAUAUCCCUCUAACAAAACUAAUUGGGGAAUCAUUUGAUGGUGCUGCCAAUAUGAGUGGUUCUUAUAAUGGUCUUCAAGCUCAUUUAAAAACAGUUGCACCCGAAUCAAUUUAUACACAUUGCCAUGCACAUGUAUUAAAUCUAAUAGUAACAGACUCUACUUCAUGUUGUAAAUCUGCUCAAGAUCUUUUCAACUUACUACAGAAAACUGCAGUUUUUUUUUCUGAUUCAUACAAAAGAACUGGAAUUUGGAAAAAUUAUCUUUCAAAAGAUCAAACUGGAAAUGAUAAAUUAAGAAAACUUCAAAAGUUAGGAACUACAAGAUGGAAUAGUAAAGAUGCCGCAUUAAAAUGCAUAUUUGGUUCUUGGUUUGUGUCUGGUGAAACGAGUGAUCGAUAUAAUGUUUUAGUUGAAUCUCUGCAUUUUCUUGACACUGAUUCAUCUAUAGAUUCUAAUACAUCUUCAGAUGCCAGAUUCUUGUUAGAAAAAUGGACAUCUUUUGAAUAUAUACUAACUUCAUUUAUAUUUCUCGAAAUUUUCCAUUAUACCACUCCAGCAUCAAAAUAUCUCCAAUCAAAAGAAUUAGAUUUUAUUACUGUCAUUAAUUUAAUUAAGUCUUUAUUAAGCGACCUCAAAAAAGGUUCUUCUAAAUAUAAUUUAAUUGUUGAAAAAACCAUGAAUUUUAUAUCUAGUAAAAAUAAUUCUGAACAUAUUAAAAAGCUUAAUAUAGUCAUUGAAGAAACGUUUCCAGAUAAACGAAGAUCAAAAAUUAAAAAAAUGCCUGGUGAGCUGGCAUCAGACGAUAUCAGAAAUAUUUCGAAUGUAGAAUAUUUUAAAGGAACAAUAUAUUUAUUUGAGGAAAAGCCUCCGCUUGAAAGCACUCUUUUAUGA